UUCAGGAGAGGAGCUCCAAACGUUCAAAACACGAGCUCGGCAAGCCAGCGGCGGAGAUGAACCUCGCACACUUGUGGACGACGGUGGUCUUCUGAGUAAAAGAGUCUCUCAUUUUCCCUCUCUCUCUCUCUCUCUCUCUCUCUCUCUCUCUCUCUCUCUCUCUCUCUCUCUAGGUCUCUCUCACCCUCCCUCCAGCCUGCUGGUAUUCACCUCACCAGCCAUCAUCACCUGACCGCUCCCAUCCUCUGGUCCCAUCAUCGCCAUGGAAACUGCCAACAACUAUGUGCUGAUCCAUGGGAAGAACAUAUCCCAUAAUAGUCUGGCGUCCUCCGCCGGGCCACACAUGUCCAUUGAUAAGCUGUUCCCUGCUCUCCUCGAGUGCUUCGGGAUCAUAUUAUGUGGCUAUAUAGCUGGCAGGGCGGAUAUCAUCACAGAGAACCAGGCGAAGGGUCUGGGCAACUUUGUGUCCAAGUUUGCAUUGCCAGCGUUGCUCUUUAAGAACAUGGUGCUGCUGGACUUUGGAGAUGUAAUCUGGGCUUUUCUGUGGAGUGUUUUGAUCGCUAAGGUGACGGUGUUUGUGCUGGUGUGUGUGCUGACCCUGAUGGUGGCCAAUCCAGAUAGCAGAUACAGCAAGGCUGGUCUGUACGCCAUCUUUGCUACACAGAGCAAUGACUUUGCCUUAGGAUACCCCAUAGUUGAUGCUUUGUACAGGACUACAUAUCCCGAGUACCUCCAGUACAUCUAUCUAGUAGCGCCAGUAUCGCUCAUGUUCCUCAAUCCCAUUGGCUUCGCUCUUUGUGAGGUGCAGAGGUGGAGGCAGGCCAGCCAACCACAGCGCAGCACCAUAAGCAUCCUGGGAGUUGUAGUUGUACAGGUAUUGAAGAAUCCCAUAGUGUUCAUGGUAAUGGUGGGGAUUGUCUCCCACUUUGCCCUAGACCAGCGGAUCCCAGCUGUGCUGUCAGAGUUCAUAGAUGGCCUGGCUAACUCCUUUGGAGGGGCAGCCUUGUUUUAUCUAGGCCUCACUAUGGUUGGCCAGCUUAGAAAGCUAACCAGAGACACUGGAGUUGCCCUGAUACUGCUGAUCACAGCCAAACUCCUGGUGAUGCCGUUGGUGUGUAAGGACAUGGUGGAUAUACUGGACGUGGGAGUGAACAGCACAAGUGCCAAUCACACUAGUUUGUCCAACUUUGCUUUCCUGUAUGGAGUCUUCCCAACUGCGCCUAGCGUGGCCAUCUAUGCUGCACAGUACAACAUGGAGCUGGAGGUGGUAACAUCAGGGAUGGUGAUCAGCACGUUCCUGUCCGCGCCAAUCAUGUACGUGUCAGCGUGGUUAUUAACGAUCCCUCUGAUGGACCCCACCCCCCUGGUGACAGAGCUGCAGAACGUUAGCUUCAACAUCAGCGUCAUCAGCCUCGUAGCCCUGGUGUGGACCAUUGCAGUGAUGCUGCUCAGUAAGAAGUUCAACAGACUUCCUCAUCUGUUUGCCUUGAACCUCUUCCUGGCUCAGUUCCUGGUGUGUGUCAGUAUGAUACUGUGGAACUUUUUGGUGAAACAGGAGGAUAACCUGCUGGGCCAGGUUCUCACGUUCACCUUGCUCUAUGGAUCUCUAUACAGCACAUAUAUAUGGACGGGUUUAAUCCCUCUUUGCUUGGCCCUAACUAACAGAGAUGACCUGUUGAGACUCCGGCCUGGAGUCUUCAUGAUACUGGGUUGGGGGGUUCCGUUCCUGAUCGUAGGAGGUCUUCUGAUGGCAGGAGAGAGGAUGACUGACACCAUAGACUCCGCCUUCUUCUAUGGCCGGGCUCAGAUAAUAAGCACAGCAGUGGUGCUCGCGGUCAGCCUGGUGCUGGGUGCUAUAUCUCUGAUGGGCCUCAGUCAGGGAGGCAGGGAGCAGAGAGACUACCAGGCCCUGGAUAGAGCCUCUGUAACUGGCAUCAACGAGGAGCUGAGGACCCCUGGUAGCCUGGAGGAGCCGCAGCAGCAGCAGCAGCAGCGUGAGCAGCUGAGAAGUGCGUCAGACGGCAGCAUCAACUCAGACUUCCACAGCUGCUCUCCUCUCCAGACCAUACCUGACAUGAUAGCCAGCACACAGAGGGAUCACACACACAGUACAGGCCACAGUGGGGCGCUGUAUGAUGGCCAGCAGCAGAGUGCCUCCUCCAUGGAGCAGCCGCUGGACCUGCCACCACCCGGACUUGAAGCCCAUGAUGAUAAACAGACAGUCAGACACGUGCUGCUGUGUCUGCUGCUCAUAGUCAGCCUGUUAGCGAACCUGUCCAGCUGUCUGUGGUGGCUCUUCAACAGAGAUCCAGGGAGACUUUACCUGGAACUGCAGUUCUUCUGUGCCGUGGCCAACUAUGGACAGGGUUUCCUCUCCUUUGGGAUCUUUGGCCUGGACAGACACCUCAUCCUCCUGCCAUUCAAGAAGAGGUUGCUAGGCCUGUGGCAGGGCCGGGACAGUGAGGAGUUGAGUCCCUCAGUCGUACCAGAGGAGGUCAGACUCACCUGCACCCAGUUUGUCCGCUACCACAAAGAGCAGUGUGUCCAAGACAUUGUGCACACGCACAGGUAUGGAGGAGGAGGAGGAGGAGCAGCAGCAGCAGGAGGAGUAGGUGGAGUGGAGAACAGUGUAUUUAGAUUGGGUGAGAACCGAUACUCCCACCCCCACCAGCCCUGGUUCCUACCCCAGCAGAAGCACCAUCCCCGUCUGGGACAAGAUCAGACACACCUCAGGGUUCAGACCCGCCACCUCCAGGACCAACUGACCCACCUGCAGCCUGGGAGUGAGCACCGAGCUCCUGUUCCCAACCCAGACCUUCCUGAGGAGCAGAUUAUCCCAAGCCAACACCAAAACGAAGCUCGUGACCCAGCAAAUCCCUGCUGCCUAAACCAGCAAUCCCAAUGCUGCCCUCCAAGUUCACCCCAUCCACACCCCCACCCCCUGUCUGAUGUUGGAGGCUUGUUUCCAGGCAGUGACUUGGUGGACUGGCUGGUUGGAAGGGGUUUGUGUGCGGACCGAGGCGAGGCCCGGCUCUACGGCGGCCAGCUUCAACAGGGAGGAGUGUUACAUCACCUGACACAUGAGUUCGGCUUCAAGGACGACCCCACGCUGCUGUACUGCUUCACCCAGCAGAGAGGGGCUGGGGACGGGGCAGUGGACAGGAGAGGGAGGCCCAUGGCAUGAAUGAGAGGGAGAGGUGAAAGACAGAAAAUGACACGUUAGAAUUUGUUGAAAGAGGAAGAAGAGGAGGAAGAAGUAGAAGAGGAGACAGCAAGAGCCUGCCAGUAUUUGACCUCUUCUGGCUCCUAACCAGGUGCUUUGGAUUCCUUUUUGUUUUUGAUUUUUGAUUUCUGUUAUCCUUCAGAAGAUUUUUAAAAUGAUGCUGCACUCCACUAAGCUACCAGAGCAGUCCAGAGAUACAAAAGAGAGAAAAAAACUGUAAGAUGUGACCGAGACACCCUUUUUCCCUCCUAGAAUUGCCAUUUAUUUCACCAACACUGAUUUAAACUGAUGGACUUUAUGUGGAUGUUUUGUGUUUUCAAAAGUGUGAAGGUCAGAUAAGCUAAUGGGUGCCAUCCAUCAUCUCUCAUCGACAUCACAGCAGGAGCAGAGUUUGAAGCCAUGCUGUACCCUGUUGUUAGCCACGUGAGCCUGGGUUUGCUCACUAACAGCCAACAAGGUUAUUGUCUUUUUUCAGGUGACAUGAAGUGAAAUGAAACCUGUUUUUCAAAAUCAUGGUAUGCACGCUAUGUCUUUUAACCACAAUAGUCUAUGUUGACUUACUUGCAUGACUGAGAAAAGUGCAGACUUCUGCUCUGUGCUUAGCCUUAUGCACUGACUGAACUAUGACGUUUUCCAUGUGUUUUUAUUAUGCAACCCAGUGGAUUUUUGUCUUGUGAUAUGGCUGCUGACGGUGUGUGUUGUUGUUGCAUUGUGUAUCUCCCUCACCAAUGAAGUAUUUAUGUUUGGUACAGGGUAUAGUAACCUCACUGAAUGGUCUCAGUCACGGUGGGAAAUUAACAGAGAAGAUAGUUCUGGCAGUUUGAGCACUAGCAUGACUUGCCUCAAAAUUUAAAAUGGAUUCAACCUGACAUCAACCUGACAUAAAGUUUUAGUCAAGUCAAUUUUUAUGUGUAUAGGCCAGUAUCACAAAUUACAAGUUUGCCUCAGGGGGCUUUACAGCAGUGCAACAUGCUCUGUCCUUCGAUCUUUGCAUCAAAUAAGGAACUACUCCCUAAAAAAAGCCCUUUUAACAGGGAGAAAAAUAUGAAGAGACCUCAGGGAGAGCAACAUGAGGGAUCCCUCUCGCAGGAUGGACAGACAUGCAAUGAGUGCCGUGUGUACAGAGCAGAACCUUGAAACAGGUUAACAAAAUUAUAACGGACCUAUAAGAUAAGCAGCACCCAGGGGCCACCAGAACAGCCUAGGAGCUGCGUGACCAUGAAGCCAAACCCAGCCUACAAGCUUAAGUUUCUGAUGUGGUCUCAAGCAUGUCAGUUUUUUCCAGGAAGGCUGCCUGUGGCCAGCAGAUGAAAAAGUCAGUUUCCCGCCUUGGACCAAUCCUGCGAAUUCCUCUGAAUGGACUUGAUACAGUCAUACCACCAAAACAGACACUGUUAAUACUGGAGCCCUUUAGCUGUAAAACCUUUGUGCAUUUAAAUUUACGACUUAAGGUUAUACACCUACAUAGGAUCAAUACAGUCACAUCACUGAUAUGGCCUUGGACAUAGUUGUGUAGCUAAAAAAGUUCUGACUAUUUUGGCAGAGCAGUCUUGCUUGCCACUGCAUGGAUUUGUUACAACCAAACCACUAAAAUGGACUUUAACGUGUGAAAUAGUUCUUAUUUUGGGCAUUGAGCUGCAGGUAGUAUCACUGAGUUGGAAUAAUGUCAAAACGUGAAAAACUGAGGGCAUAAACUACACUACACCUGUUAUUUGCUAGCUAAGCUACUGUUGAUGUGUGUUGCAGUUACUAUGAAGUUUACACUGUGUAGGAGGGAUUGUGGGAGGUGGAAUAUAAUAUAUGCACACCGAAAUGCCAUGAGCAGAAACAGGAAGUCUGGAAUAAGGCUCCUUUGGACCUGAUGUGUAUUUUUUGUUCACAGAAGCUAUGAAAUAAAGCACACCUGCCAUCCUAGUCAUUAUUAUUACUAUUUCCUUUUUUUUUUUUUUUAAUCUAAUGCUUCAAAAUGAGACGUGUACAGCCUUCUCACACCAGGCCUGCUGAGCUGGGAGUGUUGUGUUAAUGCGUUAACAUGUGAUUUACCAAGUUAAGUAGAGGCUUGUGAUUGGUGGAGCUGACUGCAGGCUGGUGGGUCUCACAUUCCCAAAAUGCCACAGAAUCAGCAAGAACAAACUACAGGGUUGUGAUUAGCAAAAGUGUUACAUGAUUAAAGUUGCAUCCACCUGUUCCAAAUGAUGGUGACUGUGUUUCCAGAUGUACUGUGGCUCAUGAUAAGCAUAUUCUUCAGUGUUUUCCAAAGUUAAAAGGCAAUGUAUUGAAUGAUUUGAAUAGCUCAGUUGACACAGACAGAACAGUCUCAAUACUGGACCCUGAUUGGCUGAUUAGCUAAUUCAAAUGAGGUCAAUUUGCAGAUUGAAAACACGAGUAGUGAUGCAGUGACUUUAAAUUUCACUGCACGUUCUCUUCAGUAUCCAUGUUUUAUCAUGUACACUUGUGAAUUAAAGAAAAUUUGCCAGUGCUGUGUCCUCUUGGCUGUACAUUCUCUUGGAAAGGAUGUGCCUGUUUUGAAUCCAUUCAUGUGUCAGACACUCGUGUUACUUAUCAGGGCAACAUAUGUUUAUAGCAGCACAUUUGCUCAGCAUAUGUUGUUAUUGACACUGGAGAGUGACACAUCCUUAAUGAGAGUGUAGUGUUCAACCGGCUGCCAGUUCAGGGUCAGAACACAGCGUCCAAAAAGAGGAUAUGUUGUUUUCUGAUUUUUUUUUUUUUUUUUUUUUUUUUUUUUUUUGCCACCUCUUCCUGUCACAAAGAGGCCAGACAUUUACAUGUGCAUAUAUGGCUCAUCAUUGUGUCUCCUGCCAAACGACACAUUUCAUGCAAUCCACUUCAAGGCCUUGUUUGGACCGAUAGCCAAAUGACACAAGUUAAUUAUAAAGAUGACUUUUAUCAGAAGAUAUGAGAAGAGAAUUGUUUGUGUGUGUGUGUAUGUGUGUAAGUGAGGUUCCGUGACAGAGCAGGAGAGUUUAAUAGAAAAGGUGUGACAGUGUGUGUUCAUAAUAAAUAGGAUCAGUGUGACUAUAUAUGGUUGGCUGUCUUGUUUGAACUGCUGUAAGUCAAUCAGGUUCGACUGUAACCACAAAGGCACAAAUAAACUAUUUGCAUCCA